AUGUAAGAGAGGAACUGUCCUUGUUGUUGUUGUACAUAGAAUGAGAAUGAAUUUGUAACAAGCAAAGAUUGCCAAUGCAUUUAUUGUUAUUCAUGUUUAGUUGAAUAAAUAAAAGUGAAAAGAGAUGAAAAAUGUUUGGCAUGUCAAUAAGAACUAGAUUUUCUUAAAAUAUUCCAUGAAACUAAAUAUGAACCUUAAAUAUAGGAAAUUUUAUGCAUUAAAUACUUAUAGAGUUCAUAGGACGUUUUACCUUGUCCUAAGGCUGAUUGCAAAUAUUAUGGUAUAAUUCCUGAUGAUUGCGAUGGAAAUUAUGAAUGCGAAAGGUGUCAUACUAUUUGGCGUGAACAAAAUAUUACAUUUUUUAAUAAGCAGAAGUUGUUUACUAGAGUUAUGCAAUUCUUUUUGACGAAACAUUGUCCCUAAUGCAAUGUCCUAAUCUAAAAGAAUGGAGGAUGUCCACAAAUGAAAUGUCAGCAUUGCAGAUUUUAAUUUUGUUGGGAUUGCAAUUAAGAUACCAUAAAACACAUACAAUUCAACUGCUUAUUAAUAAAAUCAUUUCACAUCCUGAUAUUUCUCAGCUGGGGACUCUAAUUACUAUACACCAUGGGAUUUUUCGAUAUAUUCACUUAAAUACUUGGCUUUAUCUUGCACUAUUUGCUUAUUUGUAUUACAUGUCCUUUACUUAUAACUCUACCAGUGUAUUCAAUCUACCUAGCAUUUUAUAAAAAGAAAUUUAAGGAAUUCACAAUGGUAUUUUUAGCAAUACUACCGACUUUACGUUUUAAAGAUUUCUUGUAACUCGACUGGGACACCAUAUUGAGUGUGAGUGUUUUUGAGAUUGCGGUGAUGGUCUUGGUCAUAAUCAAGAAAUACAAUAAGUGA